AUGGCAAUAGUAGGAUGGUCAAGUUGCACGAAUGAUGAAUUUAAGCUGGAUAUGAUUAGAAAAGAGAAAGGAAGAAUGUUGGGUUCGUCAACGCCCACCUCACCAGUGUCACCAGCUCCGCCAACAUUUAAUGAUCAAUUUGCAAAUAUAAUAAGAACUUUUCGUUCACAUUGUCUUCUAUUGCAAAAGCUACUAAAUGAUACUGACAAAUCCUACGAUGAAAUUACUAAUACAAAAGUUUUGCCUCCAGAACAAGCUGAAACAAUACAACUAUUAAUUAAUGAUCGUGAUUAUCUCGAAUCAUUGAUAACACGUCCAUUAGCUUUAAUUGUUUGUUCACAAAAUUAUUCGGGUAAAGCACGUUUUGUCAAUGAAUUACUUCAUGAAAAAUUGUUACCCGAACCACCAGCCAUCACAAAAGAUGAUAUUGUUCGUAUGAUCCGAAUAAAGCAUAGUCCAUCAUUUGGUGCUAGUUUAACAUUAUUUGGAUGUUUUGAAUUACUUGAUACUGAAAAAUUAUUUCAUGAUGUUUCAUGGAAAACUGUUCCUAAAGAAGAACUAAUGAUUAAUGAUAGCGAUGAUGAAUAUACAAAUGGUGAAACAGCUACAUUCGAAAUACGAAAACCAAUUGAUUUAUUAAUAGACGAUUUACAAAUUGUUGUAACACCUAGUAAUCAAAAACGAUUGAAUAUGGAACAAAUCUAUAUACAAAUAACAGAAGCUGUUACACCCGUUUUUAUCUAUGUUAUUGAUGAAGAAACAUUGUCCGAGAACGAUACUGAUGAUCUAAGACGUUUUCGUGCUAUUGUACCAAAUGAACCCAUUUUAUUUAUUCGUUCCAUGGAUGAUAGUAAUAAUAAAUCAAGACCAAAAAUGUCAGAAAUAUCUUUAUCGCCAGGUUUCAUACCGAGAACAAAGAGUGAAACAACAUGCGUACACAUAUUCAGACAAUUAUGUGAUCUUGGCUUUUUAUCUAUGAUGAGCACAGAAACAACUGAUCCAAGUGAAAUAUCAUCACCAUUAUUUGAAAGUGAUAUGAUUGAUGGAUGCCAAAAUUUUCCAUUAUUGUUAACUUAUAUACGAAAACAUCUUGAUCGUUUGUGUAUUCGAGCGGCUGGCAUAUUGCAACGUUCCCAUGAACUUUCUUUGGAUUUAUUCAACAAUAGUGCAUUUGAUAUGGCACGAGAUAUACUGAUCACACCAAAACGAAUAUCAUACGCACGUGAAAAAGAGAAAAAUUUAUAUGAAUCACUCAUUGCAUUGACAAACUCGAAACAAAGUGAAAUACAAAGAGUUAUAUUACAAGCGGCUGAUGAUAUGAGAGAACAUCUCACAGAUCAAGCUGCUCAACUUGACAUAGCCGGUAUUGAAUUAUCUGAUGAUUUAACUGUUAGACAUUCAAGAGAUUUGAAAAAGUGUACAAGUGUUAUACAAGAAUUUGUACUCAUACAGUUAAAUCAAACCAUAGCUAAUAAAUUAAUUGAUUCAAUUGAAGUAUUACGUGAAAGCUAUAUAGGAACAUUAACUCGAUGUUUACGGAGUUUGGAAAUGACUGAAGAAGAUCUCAAUGAACAAUCGGCUAGUAAAGCAUUACAAGGAAUCCUUCAAUCGGCGUAUCAGGUUAAUAUUACAGUAUCAACAAGUUCUAAUUUAUUUAAAAUUCUCAUUGAGAAAAUGAAAGAACUAUUUCGUACAUUUCAUUGGUCGAGUUCACCUCGAAUUGAUCCACAGUUUAAACAAUCUGUUGCAUUGAAUAUUUUAGAUGGACUUAGUGAAUCAAAGCAAUCCGUAUGUACACAGUUGAAUGAUAGAAUAAGAAUGUCACAUGAUAGUUUUGAACACUUAUUAAAACAAUUAGAAAAUCGUCACAAUGGCAGAUUGCAACGUACAGAGGAGAAACAACAACGUGUAAGAAAAGAAUUAACACCAAAAAUAGCGCGUCUGGAAUUAGAAAGUACAUCGUUAAAAGAUCUUAUUCAAUAUGGUAUGCCAGUACAAGGACGAGAAAUUGGUCGAGGUCAAUAUGGAGUGGUUUAUGCAUGCGAAAGUUGGGCAAAUGAACGAUCGUGUGUAAUAAAAUCAGUUGUACCACCGGAUGAUAAACACUGGAAUGAUUUAGCACUAGAAUUCCACUAUCUAAGACGUAUCCCGGAUCAUCCACGUGUCGCACGUUUAAUUGGAUCGGUUAUAGAAAGUACUGAUCGUGAUCAAUCAGCUGUCCUACUUGUUCUCGAACGUUUAAAAAGAGAUUUGUAUGCGGCAUUAAAAAAUGGCAUUGAUUUUUUAAUCAGGAUGAGAAUAGCACUUGAUGUUGUCGAAGGUUUAAGAUAUUUACAUGGUUUAGGUUUAGUUCAUCGUGACAUUAAAUUAAAAAAUGUUUUGUUAGAUGAAACAAAUCGUGCUCGAUUGACUGACCUUGGUUUUUGUAAACCAGAAGUAAUGAUGAGUGGAUCACUUGUGGGUACUCCAAUUCACAUGGCACCAGAAUUAUUUACACUUAAAUACGAUCAUACAGUAGAUAUUUAUGCAUUUGGCAUAUUAUUAUGGUAUAUUUGUUCAAAUAGUGUUAAAUUACCAACAAAUUUUGAUGUUUGUGGAAGUUGUCGACCUGAACGAUUGAUGAAUUUUGAUGAUGAUUGUUGGCAGCUGAUGACACGCUGUUGGGACCAUACUCCCGCAAAUAGGCCCUAUCUGGGUGAGGUGCAAGCAAUAAUUGAACGUGUUUAUGAAAAAUAUGCAUCUGCUACAUCAUCCACACCACCAGUACUAUCAACAACAGCAACCUGA